AUGACGUGGGUACAGUCUUUUCAAUUAACUUACUAAGUAUCUUAUGCGCUACAACAAUUAGUUAAAUCUGUACAAUCUCUAAUCUAUAUUAAAUUAUAUAUUUCAAUAGUCAUUAUUAAGUUUUAUUGCCAAGACAGAGAUAUCACAUUUGAUCAGAAAAAAAUCAUGCUCAUGUUCAAGCUGCAGUUCGCAAAUGCCUACACCGUGUUUCUGGCAGAUAGUUCCUUGGUUAUUCGCGAUUUCCUUCGGAGCGGUGCCGCGGGUCGCGUCUCUUCCCCCACCGUGGCGUUGGCGCGCAACAAACGGAGAACUUUGGCCCAGAUAAAAAGCUGGCGGCCAGGAAUCAGGCACGUAGACCACGUUUAGCAGUCGAGCGACGUACACGCGCCUCGAGGCUCAGCGUACGCUCGAAACUUCGACUUCGACUUUCGAUCGUCGACAUCGUUGCACGUGCUCUGGUCGCGGCAGUUUCGCGUUCACUUAUUAUAACUUGGUCUUAAAACGCCAAGACGCAGUCUGUAAAAUUAAUCCGUGAAUCAACUAAAUAAUACUGAAUACUACAGUGAAAUUGUUGGGAUUGCUUUGAACUCGAAGAUUGAAAAUUGACCGGAUUCUUUCCUCUGACAAACGUCGUAGAAGCCAAAGACUAUAUAUACGCUACGAAAGGAACUGUGGUCUCGAUCUCUCUCUCCCCCGCGCCAAAGACUUUUGAUUUUAAAUUAGAUUAACGUAGAACAAGUUCAAAUCAUCGACCGAUCGAGCGAGUUAAACUCGAUCGAAUACGUAAAGUAAAAAGACUUUGUGAAGGUAGCAUAGUAGAAAGUGCGAUCGGAGAUUUUGGAGGAGGUGAAAGUGAAGGGAUUCAGGCGGUUUGCCCGGCAGCGUGCCUGAGAAGAUUUGGAAAGAUGGUUCAACAGACGGACACUGAGCUCACCACCGGAAACGUGGACGAGUACGCCAGGUAUUUUAAUUACCUGAGGACACUGGCGGACCUCACUGCCAUGGCUAGCAUCGUAGCUGUCCAGACAAGCAGCAAGAAUUGGACUUACCUUCCCUGCGGAUCGACGAUGCGGUUGCAGCUGCCGGAAGUGCGGAUGCAAGGGCGGCGAAGAAGAAGGACCGGGCGCAGAGAGGCCCGGCAGCGAUGUCCCACAUAAGCGGCGUGAAACGGCCCCUCACGCACACGAACAGCUUCACUGGGGAACGUGUGCCGCUUUACGGCGUCGAGACGCCCCAUGAGGAAGAGCUCGGCAAGCUUCUGUCAGAUAUCGACAAGUGGGGCAUCGACAUCUUCAGGAUAGGCGAGCUGAGCAACAACAGGCCGCUGACCUGCGUCGCGUACACAGCCUUCCAGACGCGUGACCUGCUCAAAUCGCUGGCCAUACCGCCCAAGACCUUCGUCACCUUCAUGAUGACCCUGGAGGACAACUACGUCAAGGACAAUCCCUUCCACAACAGCCUGCACGCAGCCGAUGUGACCCAGUCCACCCACACCCUGCUCAACACGCCCGCACUCGAGUCCGUGUUCACACCGCUGGAAAUCACGGCUGCCCUGUUCGCCGCCACCAUUCACGACGUGGACCAUCCUGGACUCACCAACCAGUUCCUCAUUAAUUCGAGCUCGGAGCUCGCUCUGAUGUACAAUGACGAGUCCGUUCUGGAGAACCACCAUCUGGCAGUGGCGUUCAAGUUGCUCCAGAACGAGGGCUGCGACAUCUUCGUCAACAUGACGAAGAAGCAACGCCAGACGCUGAGGAAGAUGGUCAUCGACAUGGUCCUGUCCACCGACAUGUCCAAGCACAUGUCCCUGCUGGCGGAUUUGAAGACCAUGGUGGAAACGAAGAAAGUGGCGGGCUCUGGUGUCCUUCUGCUGGACAACUACACCGAUCGGAUCCAGGUUCUCGAGAACCUGGUGCACUGCGCCGACCUGUCCAAUCCUACGAAACCCUUGUCACUCUAUCGACGAUGGGUUGGUCUCCUGAUGGAGGAGUUCUUCCUUCAGGGCGAUCGAGAACGCGAGCAGAACAUGGAUAUCAGCCCGAUGUGCGACAGGCACAGCGCCACCGUGGAGAAGUCGCAGGUCGGCUUCAUAGACUACAUCGUUCAUCCUCUGUGGGAAACUUGGGCCGAUCUGGUCCAUCCGGACGCUCAGGAUAUCCUGGACACGUUAGAGGAGAAUCGAGACUGGUACCAGUCGAUGAUUCCUCCGUCACCGCCGUCCGACGAUCAACAGCAACAGCAGCAACAAGGGAACGAACAACAGUCUGACAGGAUACACUUCCAGGUGACACUGGAAGAGGGUGACGAGACAGGCGAGACGGCAGAGACGGCAGAGACGGCAGAGACGGCAGAGACGGCAGAGACGGCAGAGACGGGCGACACGGGCGGAGCGACGAAGACGACCCUGCCGAGCGAGGAAGGGGGCGGUGAGACGGAUGAGAACGCCGCGGAGGCUGGAAUGUGA